UUAUUCUUUCUCUUCCAGAUCAAUAGAUACUUCAUAAGCAGUAAUACAUCACCAUGGCUACAGAGAAGAGCAGUAGCUCAAACCCACUGGAGCAGUUUGUUCUGUUAGCCAAGACCAUGAAAGGUGCUGCUGCUGUGGGGCUCAUCAAACAGGCACUUGAGGCCCAAGGCGUGUACGUGUUUGGGGAACUCUUGGACAUGCCAAAUAUCCAGGAGCUGGCAAGUGGUGCCAAUGCACCUUACUUCAACUUGCUCAACAUUUUUGCCUACGGAACUUACAAAGAUUACAAAGAAAAUGCUACCACCCUGCCUGAAUUGACUCCAGCCCAACUAACAAAACUUAGACAUCUGACAAUUGUGUCACUGGCUGCGAAGUCUAAUUCAAAGUGUAUACCAUAUGCAGAGUUGUUGAAGGAGCUAGAUAUUCCACAUUUGAGAGCAUUGGAGGAUCUAAUCAUUGAGGUGAUUUAUGCUGAUAUUAUCCGAGGAAAACUGGACCAGAAAAACCAACAUUUAGAAGUAGACUUUGCUCUCGGACGGGACAUCAGACAGGAAGCUGUUCCAGAGAUCAUCAAUGUCCUGCAGGAUUGGUGUGAUGGAUGUGAAGCAGUCUUGUCAGGAAUUGAGACGCAGAUCUCCAAAGCCAACACAAAUAAGGAAAACAAUAUAGCUAUCAAACAGAAGAUUGAUCUGGAGGUGACAAACAUCAAGAAAACUCUUAAAAACACACAACAACAGGAUACAGAUGAACAAAUGGUCACCGACAGUAGAGACAUAGCAUCUGAUAAACCAGCCAAAAAGUCUAACAAGACAAAAGGGUUACGAGGAAGUUCUGGUAACAAGCUAUGGAAGUGACAGAGAUGAACUUGAUUGAGCUGUGAAUAUAUUGUGACCAUAUCUUAAAACAUUUAUCAAUUAUCUGUAUUUAUGUAAACUGUGCUUUUAUGACGCCCUGUUGAAAUGGUCUGGAUGGCACAGAACUUAACCGUGAUAAAUGAACAGUCUGUACCUGGUGAUAAAACAAGUGCUUAAAUGAACAGUUUUUUAUCAUGUAAACCAAUAUUAAACUCAUUCUUUAUU